GUGCGCGUCGGGAAGGCGGCGGGCUAUCCGGUCCUCGGCUGCGGAGGGCACCAUGGUCGGUGGCGAGGCGGCAGCUGCAGUGGAGGAGCUGGUCUCGGGGGUGAGGCAGGCGGCCGACUUCGCGGAGCAGUUCCGCUCCUACUCAGAGAGCGAGAAGCAAUGGAAGGCACGCAUGGAAUUCAUCUUGCGCCACCUGCCCGACUACCGCGACCCGCCCGACGGCGGUGGCCGCCUGGACCAGCUGCUGUCCCUCUCCAUGGUCUGGGCCAACCAUCUCUUCCUAGGCUGCAGUUACAAUAAAGACCUUUUAGACAAGGUGAUGGAAAUGGCUGAUGGGAUUGAAGUGGAAGACCUGCCACAAUUUACUACCAGAAGUGAGUUAAUGAAAAAGCAUCAAAGCUAAGCCAGAAGAUUUAUCACAUUUUCAUCAUCAGCUACAGGAUUAGAAAGGAGGCUGGGAUGAAUGUGACAUAGACCACAGCAGUUCUCUUAAGACUCCUGGUAUUACCAACAUAAAGAGGCAGGUGGAAUGAGAAGGACUCUGUCUAGAUUGGCUUUUUUAACAUUCUCAUUUUUUCCAGUAGUUAUCACGGUAAAAGUAUGCAUGGAUAUUUAUGUAUUUAUAAAUCAUGUACUAUAAGAUGAGUUCAUCAACAUUGUAAAAGCCCUCUUUUCUAUUUUCAGUUCUCUUUUUUUUUUUCUUACCAACAAGGUCUCACUCUGUCACCCAGGCGGGAGUACAAAGGUGCAGUAUUGGCUCAUUGCAGCCUUGAACUCCUGGGCUCAUAUAUUCAGGGUUUUUUGUUUUUCGUUUUGUUUUUUUGAGACAGAGUUUUGCUCUGUCACCUAGGCAGGAGUGCAGUGGCAUGAUGUAUUUUCAGUUUUUAAAUCUCAGAAUUUUUGUUUAAAAUGCCUUUUUGAGCUGGGCACAGUGGCUCACACCUGUAAUAAUCCCAGCACUUUGGGAGGCCGAGGUGAGCAGAUCACCUGAGGUUAGGAGUUUGAGACCAGCCUGGCCAACACGGUGAAACCCUAUCUCUACUAAAAAUACAAAAAAAAUUAGCUGGGCGUGGUGGCGGACAUCUGUAAUCCCAGCUACUCAGGAGGCUGAGGCAGAAGAAUCGCUUGAACCUGAGAGGUAGAUGUUGCAGUGAGCCAAGAUCGCACCGUUGCACUCCAUCCUUGGUGACAAAAGUGAAACACUCUCAAAAAAA